AUUAUAAAAAAAUCUCCUUAAUCUGCCGCCGCAAAAUCAUUUUCCUUAACACACAAAAAACAAAGAAAAAAAUAAAAGUGCCACCCAUUCCACUCCCUUUACUAUUUAUUGUUUAUGUUUAAAGAUUCUUCACUUCAUCAACUCCUAACUCAGUUCUGCAGAUGGCGUCCCUCGCGUGCGUCUCCAACCUUUCCCUGCCCCUCCGUGCUGCCAAGACAUCACCCUCUCUUCAUCUCUCCUCAAACUUGAUUGCUAAAUUCACCCACAAAUUAGUGACUACUGCUUCUUCUUCUUGUUCCUCAUCUUCAAAAACGGUGGGAGUUGCAGUUACGCGCGCCACUGCACAGGUGGCGGACGCUGUACUGGUGGACCAAGAGGAGAAGAGUCGGGUGUUGAGAGUUGGUGUGAUAUGUGGAGGCCCAUCGGCGGAGCGUGGGAUUUCCUUGAACUCUGCUCGCUCAGUACUUGAUCACAUGCAGGGAGAGGAUUUGCAUGUGAGCUGCUAUUAUAUUGACUCUCAUCUCAAUGCCUAUGCAAUAUCCUCUGCUCAGGUAUAUUCCAAUACUCCUUCAGACUUUGAUUUUAAGCUCGAAAGUCUUGCCCAAGGUUUCCAGUCUUUGUCUGAAUUUGCUGAGCAUCUAGCUGCCUCAGUGGACAUAGUUUUCCCUGUUAUACAUGGUCGUUUUGGUGAAGAUGGUGGCAUUCAGGAGCUAUUGGAAAAAAAUAAUGUUCCAUUUGUUGGCACAGGAUCCAAGGAGUGUCGUCAAGCAUUUGACAAGUAUGAUGCCUCUCUGGGCCUUAGCAAGCAUGGGUUUGUAACAGUACCUAGUUUCUUACUGCAGGGAAGUGAAGUGAAUGAAUCUGAAUUAUCAGAAUGGUUUGCACGCAACCAGUUGGACUUAAACUCAGGGAAAGUUGUGGUCAAACCAACAAGAGCAGGGUCAAGCAUUGGUGUCACAGUUGCAUAUGGAGUUACUGAUUCACUUAAAAAGGCCAAAGAAAUUAUUUCUCAGGGAAUUGAUGAUAGAGUCCUUGUUGAAUUAUUUCUUGAAGGAGGGAGUGAAUUUACAGCCAUUGUUCUUGAUGUGGGUCAUGGUUUUGAUUGCCAACCUGUUGUGCUACUGCCAACUGAGGUGGAGCUUCAAUUUCAUGGCAGUGGUGAUGUAAGGGAGAAAGAUGCAAUUUUCAAUUACCGAAGGAAGUAUCUUCCCACACAACAGGUUGCAUAUCACACUCCUCCCCGUUUUCCUAUUGAUAUAGUCAAAAGUAUUAGAGAAGGCGCAUCUUUGAUAUUUCAAAGGCUUGGUCUGCGUGAUUUUGCUCGAAUUGAUGGAUGGUUUUUGCCUUCUUCCACAAAAGCAUUAUCUUCUUCUAAAGAUAAAUUUGGAAUGACAGAAUUGGGUACAAUUCUAUUUACUGACAUCAACUUGAUUAGUGGCAUGGAACAGACAAGCUUUUUGUUUCAGCAAGCUUCAAAGGUUGGGUUUUCGCAUUCAAACAUUCUAAGAAGCAUUAUCCAUCGAGCUUGCUUGAGGUUUCCUGAGCUCGCCACAUAUAAUGGUGAAUCAGGUCAGCUGCAUAGAAAUUCAAAAUCCUCAAAACCUAAUGAAACAUCAAAAGGGUGUGAAGGCUUUCAUAAAGUAUUUGUCAUUUUUGGAGGAGGCACUUCAGAGCGGCAAGUAUCCCUUAUGAGUGGAACUAAUGUUUGGCUCAAUUUGCAAGCAUUUGACGAUGUAAGCUAUUUUGUUUUUACAUUUUCUGAUACAUAUCUUUUAGAUCAGUUACAUAAAUUGACUCCUUUUGCCACCAGAUUUCUGGAAAAAGAAUCUAACAAAACUGUUUCUAGGUUAACUUCUUCUUUGAUUUCUCUUAUCUCUGUGGAAUUAUUCUUCUGCUUUUUGGGCUUCACAGAUCCAGUUCAUAGAUUCUAUUGGCAUGAUACAUCUGAGAUACAUGAUGCUGAGUGCACAGUUGAUGUAAGUCCCUAUUCAGAUAUAAAGGAGUCUGAUGUGAAAGCUCCAGAGAAGUAUGUCAUUUACCGUAAAUAUUCCCCUUCUAUGGGUCUUUCCAUUUUCCCUUUUUACUCUCUUGUGUUGAGACACACAACAGAGGAAGUCCUUGAUGCAUGCAUGGAGGCAAUUGAACCUGCUCGAGCUGCCUUGACGUCUCUUAGAAACCAAGUGAUGAAUGAACUCAUGGAAGGUUUGAAGAAACAUGGUUGGUUUGCAGGAUUUGAUAUAGCUGAUGAAUUACCUGUGAGAUAUUCACUGAUGGAGUGGAUCAAGUUUGCCAAAGAAGUUGAAGCAACAGUUUUCAUCGCAGUGCAUGGAGGCAUAGGUGAAGAUGGCACACUUCAGUCUUUGCUGGAGGCUGAAGGAAUUCCUUAUACAGGCCCUGGUGUAAUGGCUUCAAAGAUUUGCAUGGAUAAAGUUGCAACAUCCCUGGCUCUUAAUCAUCUGGGAGACAUGGGAGUUCUUACCAUAAACAAAGAUGUAAAGAGAAAAGAGGAUUUAUUCAAGAUGCCCAUUCUUCAGACUUGGCAUGACUUGACCUCAAAGUUUCAGUGUGAAACAUUAUGUAUUAAACCAGCGAGGGAUGGAUGCUCCACUGGAGUCGCAAGAUUGUGUUGUGCAGAGGACCUUGCAGUGUACGCAAAAGCCUUGGAUGAUUGCCUUCUGCGGAUUCCUCCUAAUAGUUUUUCAAAGGCACAUGGAAUGAUUGAGAUGCCAAACCCUCCUCCAGAGCUCUUGAUCUUUGAGCCUUUUGUGGAAACAGAUGAGAUUAUUGUUUCAUCCAAAACUGUGACGGAAAAUUCACAAUGUCUUCUAUGGAAAGGACAGAGUCGAUGGGUAGAAAUAACAGUUGGUGUUAUUGGAAAACGGGGAUUGAUGCACUCAUUGAAUCCUAGCAUUACUGUCAAAGAAACUGGUGAUAUUCUGUCACUUGAGGAGAAAUUUCAAGGUGGAACUGGCAUCAAUCUGACACCUCCCCCGGUGUCAAUUAUUAGUAAUGAAGUUUUGGAGCAAUGUAAACAGCGUAUUGAACUAAUUGCCAACACUCUGAAACUGGAAGGAUUUUCAAGAAUUGAUGCAUUUGUUAAUGUUGACAGUGGAGAGGUCUUAGUCAUAGAGGUUAAUACUGUGCCGGGAAUGACUCCUUCCACUGUCUUGAUUCAUCAGGCCCUGGCCGAGCAGCCUCUCAUGUACCCUCACCAGUUCUUCCGUACACUACUUGAUUUGGCGUCAGAGAGAGUGCUGUAAAAGUUGUUUUAACUACGUUGGUUGGUCUUCCUUUUAUUGUAUUCACUAAUCUUGCAUUGACAAUUGAAGAAUGAGAGAGAAAUGGAAAUGGGAAAAAUUGAAUCCCAAGUGGUCAAGUUAUUAUGUGGCAACAAGUAUACGACGCUCAAGACUCAAAAGCAUUUGGAUAAAUUACAAAAUUUGGGUUUGUGUUUUUUCUUUCUUUCCUUCCUUUUUCUUAUUCUCUUGUUAUAUCAUAAAGCCUUAAUAUAAUCAUUGCUUGCCUAUGUUUUAGUAAAAAAUGAUCAAGGCAAGUGCAUGCCUUGAAGAAUUUGUACGUGUAAACCCAUCCAUGGACCCAAACUCCAUUGAAUUGAAUUUGAUUACGCUUUUGGGAAUAUUUGGACGCUAACCACUUUA